AUGAACACCCAAAAUCUGCAUUUGACGACCCGUCUGGCGGAGUAUUGCGUGGACUAUUUCCACGAGAUGCCCGAGCACGGGUUGUUUAUAUCCAUCGACGAACGCGGGGAGUUCCACAACAAAGAAGGCAUGUUGAACAAAAAAGGCCAACGAAUAGUCUGUUUCUUUCGAAUGACCAAAGGGUUCAAAUCUAUCCAGGGGCAGUUUAACGGCGAACGCGUCGCGAAGAUGGAAGUGUUCACGUGGGUUUUAGAACACUGCAAAGAUAUACGAGACGCAGUCGAGCUCGAUUUUGGCUUGGAAAAAUUGGAGGACGUAAACCGAGCGAACGAUAAAAUGGAAAACGACGCGUACAUUAAGCCAUACAGGAAAGAGGCAUACAUGAGAUUUCCGGACGGACACACGGUGAGAGAAAGAUCCGCGCCAAUUGGGACGCCGCAAGGGAGUUUGAAUAGUCCAGUCAUAGCGCCGUUGUUUUCCACGAGAAUAGAAAGGAGCAUGAACGUGUUCUGCGUGGGGAAGAAUUACAGAGAACACAUCGGUGAAGUAGACACGCAAAUGACAAAUAUCAGUGCAAAAGGCGAACCGACGGUGCCUAUUAUAUUUAACAAGAGCUCGAGAUCGAUCAUUGGCCACGGCGAGUGCAUUAUGUGUCCCGAUCCGGACCAGUUUGACGAACGCGUGGAUUACGAAGGCGAAGUUGGGUUGGUCAUGGGUAAGGGCGGGAAAGUGUACGGCGCGACAAUCGUGAACGAUGUUACCGCUCGUUUUAGACAGAAGGAGCACCAGCAGUGGUUUUUAGGAAAAAGUGUGGACACGUUUUGCCCGAUUGGGCCUUGGAUUGUUCCGUGGUUCGAUUACGAAAAUUCGAGUUUGAUGCCGUUUUAUCAAACGCGAGAUUAUUAUUUCGCCGAAGGCGUUACGCCGGAAGGCGCGAUUUUUGACACGAGUCCCUCAGAACCCGGAGGGUCGUGCACGAUCGUGACCAGAGUCAACGGUGAACUGCGACAAGAUUUCGAUAUCGCUUCUGCGCGCCAAUCGGACCCGCCGGCGAUGAUUUUCGGCCAUCAGGAACUGUUAGAAACCAUCGAGAAAUCGAUGAAAUUAGAACCGUGCGACGUGAUUGCUACGGGAACACCCUCCGGCGUCGGCGCCGGUCAAAAACCAGAACCGAAAUGGUUAAAACACGGCGAUUUAGUUGAAGUUAAAGUUGGCGGCAUAGGUGUUCUCGCGAAUUACGUGUGCGGGUAUAAACGCGAUCCGGAGAAUUUCGUCUUUGAAGGCGAACACACGGAUUGGGUCGGUAGGAAACCGAAACAUCGAAUGUUUCGCAUGUCGCCCAACGUGUGCGCUUUCUGUAACAAGUGGCAACGGAAACUGAGUCGGUGUUCGCAGUGUAAGCGAGUCUGGUAUUGUUCCCAGGAGUGCUCGAAAAAGGAUUGGAUCGAAAGGCAUCGCCAGGAGUGCAGACACUGGAUCGAUCAAAAUCGAGAAUGUUUUAGAGAGAAUUUUAACGAGUAG